CUGUUCGGUGCGCGCGCCUCCCUGACUGCGACAGCACAGCUCCGGUGUGUUCGGUCCGGACGGAUAGUAACGGAACCAGAACCCUGCACAGAACCGACGGCCUCCGCGUAAACCCUCCCGCAGAUUCACGGACGGCGGACCGACGCGGACAGACUCGUAUCUCCCUGAAUUCAGAGCGUUUGUCGGUUCGGUUUCGCUGUGAAAAGGCUCGAGCUCGUAAUGGCGACCGCUGCGGUGUCUGCCCCCGCGGGCUGCGGCCCCAGCCCCGGCGCGGGGACCGAGCUGGUCCGCGGGCAGGCCUUCGACGUCGGCCCUCGGUACAGUAACCUGUCCUACAUCGGUGAGGGAGCCUACGGGAUGGUGUGCUCUGCCUAUGACCGAGACAACAAGAUUCGUGUGGCCAUUAAGAAGAUCAGCCCUUUUGAACACCAAACGUACUGCCAACGAACCCUAAGAGAGAUCAAAAUCCUGCUGCGCUUCAAACAUGAGAACAUCAUCGGAAUCAACGACAUCAUCCGCACACCGACCAUCGACCAGAUGAAGGAUGUAUAUAUUGUCCAGGACCUCAUGGAAACAGACCUGUACAAACUUCUCAAGACUCAGCACCUGAGCAACGACCACAUCUGUUACUUCCUGUACCAGAUCCUACGAGGACUCAAGUACAUCCACUCCGCCAACGUCCUGCACCGUGACCUGAAACCCUCCAACCUCCUGCUCAAUACCACCUGUGAUCUCAAGAUCUGUGACUUUGGUUUGGCUCGUGUUGCCGAUCCUGACCACGAUCACACCGGUUUCCUAACAGAGUACGUGGCCACCCGCUGGUACCGAGCACCAGAGAUCAUGCUCAACUCCAAGGGUUAUACCAAGUCCAUAGACAUCUGGUCUGUCGGCUGCAUCCUGGCUGAGAUGUUAUCCAACAGGCCCAUCUUCCCUGGGAAGCACUACUUGGAUCAGCUCAACCACAUUUUGGGGAUCCUGGGUUCUCCCUCUCAGGAGGAUCUCAACUGCAUCAUCAACAUUAAGGCCAGGAACUACCUUUUAUCACUUCCGCUGCGCUGCAAAGUCCCGUGGAACCGCCUCUUCCCCAACGCUGACCCUAAGGCUCUGGACCUGUUGGACAAGAUGUUGACCUUUAACCCUCAUAAAAGGAUUGAGGUGGAGGAGGCCCUGGCCCAUCCAUACCUGGAGCAGUACUACGACCCCACAGAUGAGCCUGUCGCUGAGGCACCGUUCAAGUUUGACAUGGAGUUGGAUGACCUUCCCAAAGAGACACUCAAGGAGUUGAUCUUUGAAGAAACUGCACGUUUCCAGCCUGGUUUUAGGUCCUAACAUCUCACACAGGUCUCAUCCACCUGUGGACUGGCUUCUGCGUUGCCACUGCUCUACCACCUCCACUCUGUUCCUGUGAUUUUUGGAUUCGACUUGGUUUUUCUUUUCAUUUUUUCCUCCACUCCUGUUUCCACAUCACCUGGAUUCCUCCUCGGGUCUCAUUCGUCAAGUCCACUUUGCUCAGGAAUGGCGUCAGGAAUCAAUCACUCAUUGUCUCUCUGUCUCUCUCUCUCUCUCUCUUUGUUGGAGGUGAAGGGGGCGGGGCCUCAUCGCGCCGUACCAGUCUGGGGGUGGUUUUGUUUUAAAAGCCAAGUUCAACGGUUGUUUUUUGCGUCUCUGUUUGGUUUCCGUUUGGUUCUGUUCCAGACCUUGUUUCUGUAUUAAUGACAGUCAUAGAUUAAACUAUAGCUGUUGUGUUUCGUCAGUUUGGUUCUGAAACUCAGCCUCCAUUACACAGAUGAUUCGGCGUCCGUCAAGGAACAAAAGGUCUGAGUUUUUUUAACCUUUGUCACAGGGAUAACAUUCUAUUUCAAAUAAAUGAAAUCAAGUUAUGUUAUGCAAUGAAAUGACAGAAUCAGCCAGAAGCCAUGAGGAUUAGCUCUGUUAAAGCUCUAUAUUUUAUCAAAGAUGGUGUAUUUUAAAUCACACUCAAAGGCCCAAAUGCAAUUAUAUACAUAUAUAUAGAUAUACAUAUACAUAUAUAUCUCCUAAAAAAGUCUUAAAUAUUUUAAUGGCAGGAGUGUGGAUAGAGGCUAAAUCAGACUUUGUAUCCUUUUUAAUGAUUAGAAAAGGCCUGUUUGUUUGUCAUUGGCUUCACGUUUGUGUCCUCUGAGCCAUGACAAACUAAAGGAAAAGUCAGUUUAUUUCAUGUAUGGACAGAACAAUGUGGGGGAAACUCUGAACAGUUUGGAGGAAAAUGUGGUUGUGCCUCCCUUUUUCUUCCUGUUUAAUGUGUGUUUUCUCUUCUGUGUCUUUUCCGCCUUGUUAGAAUAAAACUGUGCCCUUUGCAUGACUGUUAUAAGCUCUGUAUACAAAGACGACGAUGUUAAGUGCCACACAGAGCCGGCGCCAAUCCGGCUUCUUCUUCUUUCGUUUUACUUUUGUGGUGUUUCUCACCUUCUGAUGGAUCACACGCUGCUUUUCGUCCUCUUUCUUUUCUUGGCUUUGGCUUUUUUUUUUUUCCCCUUUGUCUCUUUUUUUCAUUUUUCAUCUGCGUUGUCCUUUAUUUCCUACACAUUUGAUGCCGGUUUCUCCUGGUUUUUGGUUUUGGUGCAUGUUAACACGUCUUAUUGUUGCAAUAGGAGAAUAACCAUAUAUCUGUAUUAACGCCAACCUUCAAACCGCAAACACCUGAGAAACAGGAUCCAGGCCUGAGGAAGAUGAAACCAUACUUGGACACAACUUUUCUCUUUUGCUUGAAAUUGCACAUGUUCAUGCUGAUUCCAGUCGGUGGUGUCGAUACCAGCAGAUAUACAUAGAUCUGUGAAAACUAAAGAAAACAGCAGAAAUCACCACCUUAUAUUCACGUGUCGGUAACUGCUGAUCGAAGACUGUUGAACUCAAUUUUAUUUCACGUGAAAAGGAAUUUUAUGACUAGAUGUGGAUCUGAGGCUCUGUCUGUAAAAACAGCAUUUUUUCCACCAUCCUCACUGUCCAAUGGCUGAUGUUUGGGUUUAGUUUACAACGUGGGACUCAAAUAUUCAGUUCAGCCUUUGCCUCGGUUUAUAAUAAUACUACUAUUACUCCCACCUCAAAAGGAAACAAGCAACCCAAUCUUAUCUCAAAGCAGGAUCCAGUCCAAAGCGGUUUCUGAUAGCACUUAAAACUACAGAACUUACAUUGAAUCUGAGAAGAUCAGUUAAAAACAGGAACGUCCAGUAUUUCCACAUCCAUGAUCCAUGUCAAAACGUUGUGGUGACUCUAAACUCAUCUGCAUUUGGACGUUUAAAAGCAACUGAGCGGUGUCGGCGUGUCCGAGCUCAUCUGCAACAAGAAAUUUAAUAAUAGAAUUAUUAAUUAUUAUUUUAAUAAUACUUAAGGUUGAAUUAAACCCAGUGAGAAAAGCCAAAGAACAAUAGAACGUUUGACAGCAGUGUUUGGCUUCAGUUCCCAACCAUCAGAUUCACCAGUUCAUUAAAAACUUUGUGCUGUCACGUUUUUUGGACAUGUUUUCAAAGAGCCACCAUUGCUGUUCUGGCAUAUCCAUGCAGCAUCAAAUGAAAUUAUUUAGUUUCCAGAAGGCCUUUUGCAUAGUUUAAAGUCCACAGUUAGUUUAAUCUGACAGUGUACCUUUAAUUAUCAAAGUUCAACCAAUGUCUAAUAAUCAGAGUUUCUAACACUGUUUAUUAAUGAGAGAGCACUUCUUUGUUAAAUAGGUGGAACUGCAUCAGAUGAAAGCUUUUAGUCAGCUAUGGUCAAAGUCAAGACUAGUUUAUACAGAACAUACACAAACAUGGCAUUGGGCUUUUCAUGGGAAAUGAAGUUAUUUACUCUGAGAAAAUGAUGAAAUGUGUGAAAUAAUUAGUUGAAAACAUUUUUUUUUUCCAGAUCACUGAACAUUAUGUAACCAAUGGCAUCACAUUUAACUGUUUACAUGAAUAAACUGUUAAUAAAAUCAGAAAUAUGGUCUUAUAAUUAAGUCAACUAGCAUGUCUAAGGUAUUCAUUUAUACAUUAUUUAGUAGUUUAGUAAGAUGAUAUUCAUCUUACUGAAUGAAUUAAAACCUUAGACGACUUUAGUAAAUCCAUUCGUAAAUCACUCCUAGGAUCAUUAGUUAACUUUUUUUUUUAAUACUUUAUUGGUACACAAAUUUUACAGUAUAAGCAAAAUACAAAAUAAGCAUACAUAAGUAUAAAAUUGUACAAGUUCAUCAAGGAUUUCUUUGAUUAACAUAAACAUCCCAUUUUUCCCCAAUAUUUCUUUACAUUUGUCAGCAGUGAGUUUUAAUGAAAAGGUCAGUCUUUCCACAUCAUAAAUUUUGUUCACAAUGUGUUGAGUCCAAAAGUGUUGGGGGAUCUUUGUCCAUCCAUUUUCAGGUUAUGGCUUUUCUUUUGCCCCUGCUAAUAAUAUUAACAAAAGAUAUCACAUUGGUUAACUCUUAAUUAACUUAGGAAAUUCUAAAGUAACAUUAAUUUAUCUAUUGUUCAAUGUUUCCAAACAAGGAAACAAUACGCAUCAACUAUUUGUUAAUGAAAAUGUAACUUUAUAUUAUAGUCAUUUAUUAAUUGUGUUCAUGCUAACUCGUGUGUUAAUUUAUAAAUAAUUAACAUCAUUGUCUAUUAAUGCAGUUUUAAAGGUUAAUAGUUAAUUAACAGUCAACGAUCAUGUUUACGCUGUUAUUAAUUCUACAAAUGAAGGUCUUAGUUAACAUGAACACCUUAGAUAAAUGGUUACUCCAAACAUCAGUUAACUGUAAAUUAACUAUUAGUUAAUGCUUAUUAUUACAUUAAUAAAUACUAAUUAGUGCCCCCUUGCUUUAAAGUGUUUCCAAAUGAUAAAAUCUGUUUAAAACUGUUUUUGGCUUUUCUCUCUGAGGUUUAACUCAUCUGAUGACAUAAAAAAUAAAAUGAUUCAAAGCUAUUGUGUAUAUGACCAAAACGUUUCAUAAAUGACAGUUUUUGCACUCACAGAUUUCACCUUCAGAUGUGACAGGUUGAGUGGGAGGGGCCUGUCUAGUCUCCGCCCCACAGCUUGGUCACAUGAUCACAUGAUUCAUGACUCUUGUUGAUGCACUUGCUUCUCCAGUAGUUGGACUCUAAUCCGAGGUGCCUGUAGAUAGAGUGGUUCUGGGUUUUGUUUUUUGUUUUGUUUUUUGUUUUUGUUUUUUUUUUUUUUUUUUUUUUUUUUUGGGGGGGGGGGGGUUUGAACAUAGAGGGCACUGGAACCCCUUACCUGGGAUUAGUUGUAUGAUAAGCUUCUGCUGAGUUCUUUGUGCAAACCUGUCUGUUUGUGCCUUUUUUGAUAGUCUUGAUAUCCAAGGUUUGAUGUGCAGCUUUCGUUUAGUCGGGACUCCGUUGUAAUCGCAGUAAACGCUCUUUAAAAAUGAACACAAUCAAGGCGGGGUGGGGGGAGGGGAAGAGGAAGCAUGGAGGGGGAAAGGGGGGGUGCUUCCUUUUUAAUUUCUGUAAAUUUUAAAGAGAUUUGUUGCCACAGCUGUGUGAUUUGUGACUGUAUUGAAAAGAUGAAAAGCAAACAUUUAUAUUUUUUGUGUUACCCUUUUUCCUUGAGCCUUUUUUCUUUUCUUUUUUUGAUGUUUUUGUGCAGAUAUUUUUAUUGUAAGAUGAAUGUUAUGUUUCUAUCAGACACUAAUCUUGUUUGAGUUGUCUCCAGUGGAACUACUUCACUCUGUAUGUUUUGAUCAGUAUAAACCUUUAAUUGUGUACUUAACAUUUCAGAAAGAUAAAACUCUCCUUGGUUGUAUUUUAAUGGUUUUGUUUGAGCUGCCAUAGACAUUGUUUGAAUUGAUCAGUCAGUUGUACUUUGGUGUCGUGUGAAGGAUUUGACUUGAACGAAGCAUUUCUUUGCUAUUAUUAAAAACUGACUGCCACUUUGAAAUACCUGGAUUUUUUUUUUUUUUUUUCCAACUCUGCCAUGACAUUUAAAUAGACGUUCAUUAAAAACACUGUACCGUCAUUGACAUCUCUGUGAGUUCUCUUUGUAAAUCUAAGGAUAUGAUUAAUGGCUUUGGAUAAAAUAAAAAAAGAUUUAAGAUGAA